CGAAAACUGACAUGGCUGCAGGCUGCGCUGCAUCGUCGGCGAGCGACGGCUGCAGAUAUAUCACAACAACUUGUAUUAGUAAUGUAUUACGCGGAAAAAUAUCAGUAUAGCAAAAACGACAAUUCGCAGUGAUGUAAUCGUGAAGUGUGCGCAUCUUUCUUAUGAAGAUACGUCCUCCAUGUAAAGUUGACUGAUAAGUGCUGUUGAAUUGCCUUUGCCUAUCAUCGUCGACACCAAACACGGGCGAAACUUGGCAAGCGAUGUGUGUCUUUUUAGGCGCUUCUUUGUUUUUUACGGGUUUAUUAGGGUACACGGAUCUGAGGAAUUUGUUUGUCGCAAGUAUUGAACGGAAAUGUAAUUGCUGUGCGCGAUUGAUUAUGGAUUUGAUAAGGAAGUUUCCGUGAGCUUCGAGGGGAUAUUUGAAGUUUUCUUUCAAAGCACGGUCAACAUGUCGAGAAGGGGUCGAAAACGCAGACUUGGCGCCGAGGACAAGGCCGUCUUCGAGUGGGAGAGGGACAGGAUACUGCCGGAAAAUCUCAGGGAUGAGAUGGAGACCAUGUGGGAGAUUCCACAGAUCUACCACUUCCUGCAGCUCACCAAAGAAGCUUUCAACAUAUCUCAUCUGUCGAUGUACGAGGUGGAACGUAUGCUCCUGAUGCCCAGAGCCUCGAAGCAAUUAGCUCACAUCAUGACUUGUUUAUUAAGUUCGCCUUCGACGACGAAAUCCAAAUUACAAAAAGUGCCUCCGAUGCCUUACGAGUUCUGGACCAAUAUCUUGACGUACAAGCUGCGAAGUUGGUUCAAGAUUUAUCAGACUAAGCGUCAAGAUCCUGUAAAGGUUUUUGAUACACUUGGAGUAGAGCCUGCAUUUUGGACGGUUUUUCCGUACGCCGCCGAGAUCGAGGGGAAAGACUUUCAGGACUUCAGUUUCAGACAGAGGGUUUGGUUGCUGAAAACGGUCUGCGAUACUGCCAUUCACUCGAGAAAAACGAUUCAAGAUGAAGUGGCCAAACAGCCUAGUGAGAGUCAAUUCGAAACGGUAUUGGGCGUCGAUAGGUACGGGGCUCGAUAUAUUUACUUCCCGCAGUUCCUACAUAACGACAUCAGGGUUUACAAGCAUUGUUUGGAUAACAAAAUAUUGUCGACAGUAAAGCCUCCACCAGUAGAAGUAAAGCCAAAGGUAGAUAUAGUAAUAAAGGAAGAACCCAAACCUCUACCCCGAGUAAUGUCGAGGAAAAAGCGACGAAAAUCACGCUGGAGCAACGGGUCGCUACCCUCGAAGAAUAAGUACAAGAAAAAAGCCGACCCCCCGCCGAUUAAUCAGAGUAUCGACGACGCCAGCUCUAAUUCUGUCGAUGCGCACUCAACUCUUAGCUCCAGGAGUUCUUCCAAAGUCUCUGAAAUGAGUAGCAGCAGUAGCUUGGUCAAGUCGAGUGAUUGCGAGACUAAGGUAUCGAGUGGCUUGAUCAACGAUAAUGUGGUCGACGGUGAAGGCGAAAAGAAGGUAGACGAGGAAAUUAAGGUCGCGAGCGAAUUGAUGGAGAAUCUCAAGGCGGAGAUUGAGGACAACUCCAGUUCUUGUAUAGUAGAGGAGGAUACGGCGAUGGUAGAUGAUGCGGAAAAAUCUUCCAACACUGUUGCGGCCGACGAGUCAUUCGUUAAAGAAAGUAGCUUAUUGACUGUGGACGAUUUGUCCAAAAGUUCCAAAACCGAUGACGAGAAACUCAAAGUGAUGAGCUCUUUGAACGCGUCGAAAUCCAGUGAAAAGUCGGAAGACGUGUCUGUUUCGGACGCGACGAAAGAUGUAAAUAUUUCCAAGUCGGAUGAUGAAAAAUUGUCCGAACAUAAAAAAUGUGAUACGACAGUGGACGGCGAACCGUUGAAUGAAGAUAUGAGUUUGGACAAGUGGAUGUUGGCGAAGAGAAAAGACGUGAAUGCGAACGAUAGUUUCAGUAAUUCAGACAACGAGGCUUCCGAUUCGGGAUUGAGUGCGUCUGGAACGCGUCGGAGCGCUAGAAUAAAGCACAUUUCGGAGAUAAAGUUGGAAGUUGAGGACGUUGAAAACUUACUGGAUGUUUCUGAAAGUGAUGAACUAUCUUCCAUUGAUCUGAGAGACAGUUUGUGCAGAGUUUCUUCGCCAGAAAUCGAGCUUGACUGUGCGCAUGCCAAUUUUGACGAAAGUAACUGGAAAGUAAAUAACUUUAGCGAACUGAUGAAAGAUUUGAGCGUUUCCAAUUUUCAGCUUGUUGCUGAUAGCCUAGAUAGCCUUAGAGAAUUAAUUGAAUCGAUUGCUUCCGAUAAGACUGUUCCAGCUUACGAGCCUGUAAAAGAAAAUUUCGUCAGACCAAAAUGCGAAGAUACGCUUUUGAAACGAUUAAGAGUACUAUGCACUACGUUAGAAAAUGUCGAAGCUAUUUUGAAAGAAUCCAUGAAAAAGGCUCGAAACAAGUUGCAGAGGGAAUGGAAUAACUUUGAAAAUGGCGUGGUGGACGAGGAUCAGGACUGCAAUUCUGAACACGAUGCUAACCGCUGGCUUAUCGGCUCUCAGGGCUGGCCACAAGUGCACGCAUCGCUACCACCACCUACCUUAUCCGGAACUGGUACCAGCGAAGUCACAUCAGGUCCAUCUGCAAAUUCUGCUGAAGCCUCGACCUCCAAAACAGGCUCGAUCGAGAGACUUGAGGAAUCGUCUGGAUGUCGAGUUGAAGGCGAAGGGAAAGAAAAAAAAGACGAAGAACUUGCGUGUAAAGAAAUUAAAAGAGAGCUUAUCGAAAACGAGGCAGAAGGAAGCGUUAAGUCAAAGGAUAAGGGGGAAACUCGGGGCAAAGAAGGCAGCCGUCAAAAUAAUCAGAAAGAAGCUGAAGAACCCACGCAAACAAAGCGAGUCCUGCGAGCCCGUGGCGUUUCCUCAUACACCGAGCAGCUGCUCUCUGAUGAGAGCGAGGAGGAGGAAAAGUUGGACGGAUGGGCCGACAUUGAGGCCAUCUACGCGGCUCCCAGCUCACAGGCCAAUGCAUCCUCUCCAAACACUCCUACGAAAUCCCGCGAGUCGUGCGAUGAAUCAGACGAGGAGGACUCGGACCAAGAUUGGAUUUUACCUAGCUCUCGCAAACGGAAGGGUAAACGUCCGUCGGCAAGUCGACGUUUAAAAUCCUUCCAAUACAAGCUUCACAACAUUAACAAGGCUGAUCAAGAUGGCAAGCUCCUUGAGAAUCAGCAGCAACAACCUGUUGUUCAAGGUGUACACAUAAAAAGAUCGCCAAUAGUGGUUCAAAUUGUUCCUAGACAACCACCCAUCAGACAACCAGCCAAAACUAUCUCAAGACCACCUCCUCCGCUUAAUAAUUUACCCAACAACUUUGUGACAGUCACGUCAUCGGCUUCACAGGUUAUCCAAACUUCCACAGUGCCUUCCGAUACUUUGAAAAGUGAGCCCCAAGAUUCUAACCUACACACGGUACUGGACAUCAAGGACGAGGGUCCAAUAUAUGACACUACGCCCAAUGCAACUUGUGUUCAACCAAAUUAUGUGGUAGUUACUACUGGACAUGCGCCCGUUGCCAAUUAUUACGUUAUGCAGCAGAAUCCUCCCGUUACCGGUGUCAUGCACCAGAACCAGUUUAUUCAGUCGACUGCUUUUGUUUCUCAAAUGGUGCCUCAAUCUCAAAUUCAGCCUUUGCAGCAAAUGCAAACAGUCUCAGCCGAGGGCUACUACGUUCAGCAGACCCCACAGCAGAACUACAUCGUUCAGAACCCUUCCGGCCUCAUAACAGCUGGACCACGUCAAGCCUUCAUAGCAACUCCAAAUGCUCAAGUCGUCUACCAGCAACAACCACAACAACAAGGAGUUACGACAGCACCAAACUAUAUACAGUAUGUCACCACCACCCCGGGUCAACCACAAUUGCAGCAACAGCAACCAUCACCUUCGCUGCCCCGUAUCAUCAAUACGAUGACGCUGGCAACACCGAGACAGAUUAAUUACAGGAUGCGAGCACCCGUGGCAGUACAGAACAAUAGGAUGCCAUUGCCGGCUAGGGGGCAAAACUUUCCUCAUCCAAAUGGCGCAGUUAUCAGAAGCGCACCGAUUAAUACGAACAUUCUAAGACCUGGUCAGAGGAUCGGACAACCGAGAAAUAUUGCGCCGAGACGCCAGAUCGCCCCUAGAGCGCCAAAUCAAACCAACAAGGCGAAGCCGGUUGUUGCCAGUACAGAUAACACUCAAAAGACCACGUCUUUAAUAGUAUUGAGCGACAGCGACGACGAGAUCGAGAUGAUCAUUCCUGCGAACAGUAACGCUCCAAAACCACCAACACCGGCUAAACGCCCUGCAAAAUCUAGCAGUAAGAACGCGACUAGUACCACUAACGAUAUCCAAAACAAACUUCCAGCUGAAUUAAUUCAGCGCAUAGGUGAGGGCAACAUCUCGAUUAGUCCGAUAAAACCAGCGCAACCGGCUGUGACAGCGUCGAGUACUCAAUUGAUUGUAGUUGUAAAUGAAACUGGCAGUCAUUAUGCACUUGCAUUACCGAACGGGGGCAAGUUGAUUUUGACACCGGAACAGGUCGCACAAAUCCGAGCAUCCAACGGUGGAAAGCUUGUCUUAUGAAGAUUCGAGGGGGGCUUCGUUAGGCCUUUUUUAUUGCUGUAAUGAGGUAUUCAGGGCUGUGAGGUAGGUGAUACUUGAGAUGAUAAUGGUUUUAUUUAAAGUGAAGCUUGCCAGAUUAAAAUCGAUGCUCUCAUAUUGGUUUGAGCAUGAUUUCUAAACAGUAGAUGAAACUACUUCGAUUUCGAAGAAGAUGCAUAUGAAUUAUUCAAAGUUUAUACGUAGUGUACUGCGUAAUUUUAUAUGCAAUGGAUUCUUUGAUGAUUUUUAAACUUCUUUUUAAACUGUAAUUUGAAAGUUUUAAACGCAAUAUUUGCUGUAAUGAGAGCUUCUUAUCGCUGCGUUCGGAAUGGAUUGGCUGUUUGCAUACAAAUUAUAUAAUGCAGGUAGCUACAUUUAUUUUUCAACGCAGAUGAUAAGCUUGCAGUAUAAAUUUUUGUUGUCUGUAAUAAUACUGCUUCCAAUUAAAUGGUCGAAUAAUGCCUAGCAUGUUUUUUAUCGAAGGCGCUAGAUUUAUACGGUGUUUUACUUGAAACGCUUUAAAGUUUUCAAACCAAAGUAUACCUUUAUUUGUUGAUUUUUGGAAAUUUAAUGUAUUAGGUUGAUACUUUAAAAAUGUUAUGGACCUCCACUGGAAAAUGUAGAUGAAAUAUCUAUUGAUCAAUUCAGAUAAACUAUGCUUCUAUAAUAUACAUAUUAGGCUAUUUAAGGCUAUUUAGCGAACAAAUAUGUGAUGAACUUGUAACUAUACGAUAUUUUACAUACUUUAAGUAAAAAUAUGCUAUGAUGUAUGUCACUGAGUGUGAAACAAAACAUAGUAUUAAUAGAGUCUAGGUUGUUGCAAAUAUCUCAGGCAAUUCUACAUCUUUACUUGGAUGUACAUUUACGAUGAUCAAUGUAAAAUAUUUAUGAUGUUUACUUCUUAGUACGUAUCAUUGCGCAAAGAUUCACUUGAGCGCACGAUACUGUACGUUGAAUCUCUAGUUAAGAAAACAUUUCAAAGAGAGCAGUUCAUGUAUAUUAAACAAAUAUAAUUAAAGUUUAUUACAUUUUCAUAUGAAUGCGA